AUGUCCAUUCCGACUGUUACCGCUCCUACUUUCGAACACCAUGCCAAUGGACUUGGGCUAGAUACUCCUACUCCUCGAGUCUCAUGGCGUUUCGAAUCAACUAUGUCGACCGUCGGGGCAUGGUUACAGUCUGCAUAUGAAAUAGAAGUCUUCUUUGUGUCAGCACCCAUUGCUCAAGUCUAUCACGUCCAUAGCGACCAGUCUCUUCUAGUACCAUGGCCUGCCAAGCCAUUAAGGUCUCGAGAAUGCGCUCAAGUACGCGUGCGUGUAUGGGGUAAAACAGACAGCUCAGAUGUUGCGUACGCUCGUGAAAUACCGAGCCCAUGGUCUCCGUACAGUGAGGUAGAGGCAGCUCUUCUAGAAGACACAGAUUUUCAAGCAUGCUUCAUUGGUCCUGCCAAGAAUAUCGAGACAGAGGGACCGCUCCGGCCUCUGCGUUUCAAAAAGGCAUUCGACCUUCCACCCCACAUCCAUAUCGGUGAUCGUGCUCGCCUCUAUGUGACCGCUUAUGGUGUGUUCGAAGCUUGGAUUAAUGGUAACCGUGUCGGAGAUGAGUGUCUUGCCCCAGGCUGGACAAGCUACAAGCAUAGGCUUCCUUACCGAGUUCAUGACGUGACCUCUCUCCUUGCUCCAUGCCGAACGAAUGUCUUGGCCAUCGAGGUUGCCGAGGGUUGGUACGCAGGACGACUCGGGUUCGAUCCUGGGCAUUCUUUCAUGUACGGCAACGAGUUGGGAGUCUAUGCGCAACUCGAGGUGAUGAGUAGCGGCAAUGGCUUAGAGCCGUGGACGCUACUUUCAGAUGACUCCUGGUCCUGCACUGAUAGUGCCAUUUUGGCCGCUGGCAUCUACAACGGGGAGGUAUAUGACCACAACGAAGAAGUGGACGACUGGGCUACUAUGGGCACCAAUUGGCCAGCUUCGCGUGCUGUCGACGUUAAAGUUCUCCCAUGGAAGACAGCUAAGCUGGUUGCAGUGGACGCGCCGCCUAUCAGGGUUACAGAGACGGUACUCUGUAAGCAAGUUUUUCGAAGUGCAUCGGGCAAGAUUAUACUUGACUUUGGACAAAACCUGGUCGGAAAAUUGCAGAUACCGUCAGUCAGCCUUGGUAAAGGCGAGAAGUUGCUGCUUCGUCAUGCUGAGGUUUUGGAGGAAGGAGAACUGGGUACUCGACCACUGCAGGAUGCGAAGGCGCGUGAUAUCAUUAUUGGUUCCGGCAAGACCAUCUACAAUUGGUCUCCAAGAUACACAUAUCAUGGCUUCCGGUAUGUUGAAGUAACUGGUUGGCCUGGAAAAGGCCCUUCAAUGCGAGAUAUUCAGGCGCUCGUCAUUCACACCGACAUGCGCCGGCGAGGCCACUUUCAUUGCUCUAAUUCAUCGGUCAAUCGGCUGCACGAUAACAUUGUCUGGUCUAUGCGCGGCAAUUUCAUGUCUCUCCCCACAGACUGUCCACAGCGUGAUGAGCGACUGGGAUGGACCGGAGACAUACAGAUAUUUGCUCCAACAGCGUGCUUUCUAUACGAUACAACCGGUAUUCUUCUCAAUUGGCUUCAGGACGUUGCUGCGGAGCAACUAGAGGACGGCAAAGGUGGCGUCCCUCCGCUCGUGGUUCCGAAUGCUCUUGUCGACUGGCCACACUUUGCUCAGGCCAUAUGGGACGACGUUACAGUGCUUCUCCCAAGCGAACUUUAUCAAUACAGCUCUGAUAAGCUCUUGCUAGAGAGGCAGUUUCAUAGCAUGCAAACCUGGCUAGAUAAUGGGGUUGAUCGGGCAACGGAUGGCCUCUGGCACCCAGACAAGUGGCAAUUCGGUGACUGGCUUGAUCCGAGUGCACCACCAGAGGACCCAGGGAAUGGACGUACAGAUAGUGUCCUAGUUGCCAACGCCUAUCUCAUUCACACUACUGAAGUCUUUUCACGUCUUUGCGAGGUGUUGGGGAAGGCAAACCUCGCGGACAGGUAUUCUAAAGAUGUCUACCGAUUAAAGCUGGGGUUUCAACGACGGUAUCUCACGCCUGAAGGCAAUCUCAUGUCGUCAUCACAAACUAGCAUUGCACUGGCCAUACAAUUUGCACUAUACCAAGAUGACACCGCUCGUCGCACUGCUGCUGAAACCCUGGAGCGACUCAUUCGCAAGGCCGGCUUUAACAUCAGCACAGGCUUUGUUGGAACCCCUGCAAUCUGCCACGCCUUAACAGCUAUAGGAAGGCCACAGCUGGCGUAUCGGAUGUUACUGGAAACUAAGUGCCCUAGCUGGCUCUGGCCUGUUGUGCACAUGGAUGCGACAACGAUUUGGGAGCGUUGGGACAGCAUGCUACCGGAUAAGCGUAUCAAUCCAGGGUCCAUGACCAGUUUCAAUCACUACGCUCUCGGAGCAGUAGCAGAUUGGUUACACGCUUCCGUCGGUGGCAUUUCACCCAUUCAGCCUGGAUGGCGUGUUUUUCGAGUCCGUCCUGUCCCUGGGGGUAAUUUGACACACGCGAAAGUGUCAUUUGAUGGACCAUACGGUCAAAUCGUGUGCGAGUGGACCCUUGACGGCAAUGAUUUUAAGAUGGAUCUUAUUGUGCCACCCAAUACGUCUGCCCUAGUCACUUUACCUUCCGACCUUAGGACAGACUAUACUGUCAAAGAAGAGACUAUGCAUAAUGUGAGUUCUGGCAGGCACAGUUUUAAGUGUGUGUUUAAUGCAGCUCCAUGGCCACCAAAGCCUAUUAUCCCUCCUUAUAUGAGCAUGCCGCCGGAUACUAUUGCAGAGUGA